AUGUCCGACGUUUUCCGCAAAGUAGGGAGGGGAGGCUCAGGGAACUUCUUUUCAAAGAAGGACGUGGACGAUGCUGAAAAGGCCAAGCCAGAGGAUAUUGAGGCCCAAAAGUCGACCGACGUCGCCGCUUCCUCGACAUUACCGACCUCGACCGGCUACGUGCGCGCGGGACGAGGAGGUUCGGGCAACUACGUAGACCCGACCUCUCUCCCCGGCACCAAGCAGCAAGAGGAGCUCGCGAGCAAGACACAGGCGGCCGUGAACGCCAGCAUUGCGCGGUCGGCGGCGAGGGGCGCUUCUGGCCGCGGCGGCGCCGGCAAUUAUACGGGGAGCGUGGUGCCUGGCGCCGAGGCGACAGAAGAGGAGGAGGUGAAGCGUAAGGAGGCGCUCGAGAAGAAGAUUAUUGAGGAUGUCGAGGCCGGUCUGCCCAUGCCGCCCAAGGCUUUUCACCAUACUACCAAGAAGGAGGAGGAGGGUGCUUGA